CCAGACAAUGCUACUUUCUUCUUGACCUAUGUGGCUCUCAAGUACGAUCGAGGUACCUAGAUCAUUUGAUUGUGGAAUGAAAAUAUGGUAAAGCAGCUUCUCUAUGUCCCAAUUUGCUGCGAGGAUCAGCUUCAGCAUGGGAGAGAUGGGUAUUUCACUUUGCCCACCUCCGUCAACUUCCUGUUUUGGUUCCUUACAUGCCAACAGAAAACCCUAGACUACGUGAUACUGCUUAUGAGGUUGCCCUUGUGGCAUUGGCUACAAAUCCAUCUUAUCAUAAGGAUCUCUUGUUCACUGUGAAAUCAUGGCCAUCUGUAAUUUAUUCUGCAUUACCUGUAAUUUCAGCCAUCGAACCUCAGCUCAAUACUUCAUCCAUGACCAAUUCGCUCAAGGAGCUUAUGAAACCAGAACUCUUUGAUUUCAUUGAUAAAUAUAACCUACAAGAUUCAAUCCAUGAAAAGCUAGAACUCUAUGCAGAUUAUGAUCCAAAGAUGCUGCUACCUUUUCUACAUAGCAGUCAGCACUAUACUCUUGAGAAGGGUAACAAUGAAGAUUAAGCAAUGAAGAUUAAGCUGACUAUUAUUGUGGUUUAUUGGCUAAGAUAGAGUGCUAUUUAGAAUCUUUACAUGUAUGGUUGACUAAUGAUUUUUAUUAGAAGAUACUUUUAUUGGAUAAGUGAUAUUAUGGUUUUGAUAUGGCUAUGCUUAUUUUAGUUUGAGUUGUAUGAAUUUUUACAGUUAACUUCAUUCUAGUACUUUUGGAUCAAUGUUAUAAAUAUAUUUUGG